AUGCUUGCCUUAUAUAACCGUGCCCUGACAAAACGUCCUAUUUUAGUUCAAAGCAUCUCGACAGCACUACUUUUUGGGGCAGGUGAUGUAAUUGCACAACAGAUUGUCGAAAAGAAAGGAUUCGAACAACAUGACUUGAAUCGAACGGCACGAAUGACAGUAUUUGGUGGUGUGGUAGCAGGACCAAUCUUGAGUACAUGGUAUCGAUUUGUCGAACUUAACGUCAAGGCAUCUACUCCCUUGAGAGGACUUAUAACCAAGGUUGCUAUCGAUCAGUGCUUGUUUGCCCCUGCCUUCAUUGGUGUAUUCUUCUCGGCCCAGGGAUUAUUUGAGGGUAAAUCUGUUGAGGAGAUCAAGCAUAAGCUACAAACAGGCUAUCCAACUGCUGUAAUUAGCAACUACAAGCUUUGGCCAGCCGUCCAAUUCUUCAACUUUUACUUUAUCCCAUUGAACCACCGUCUGAUGGUUACUAACCUGGUUGCCUUGGGAUGGAAUGCUUAUCUUUCCACAAUCAACCAGCGCUCCUCUACCUCAAAAGAUACCCAAAGCCCACCAACAUAG